AGACCUUUGGUGUCGUCCUCGGUCCUUCAAUCGCGUGUGUUUUGUUGGUGUUCGACUUGUCGCCACACUCUUUUCAUUUUCUCUAAAGAUUAGUUCCUCCACCUCUUUCUCCCUGCUUUCUUCAUUUUCUUUCUCCUCCAUUCUUUCUCUUCUCUCUUUCUCUCUCUCGGUCACUUCAACAAUGGUCAACGGUCCUGGCCUAUUCUCUGACAUCGGCAAACGGGCCAAAGAUCUUUUGACGAGAGAUUAUGUCUCAGAUCAGAAAUUUUCAAUUUCUUCAUGCAGUGAAACUGGUGUGGCAUUUACUUCAACAGCUGUGAAGAAAGGAGGGCUGUCAUCCGGAGAUGUGGCUGCCUUGUAUAAGUACAAGAACACCACAACUGAUGUCAAACUUGACACGCAGUCAAAUAUCUCCACAACAAUCACAAUCGCCGACGUAGUUCCAUCAACAAAAACUAUUGUUUCAUUCAAGAUACCGGAUUACUCAUCUGGCAAGCUGGAGGUUCAAUACUUCCAUAAUCACGCAACCUUCACCACAGCUCUUGGUCUAAACAAAAACCCUGUUGUUGAUGUUACUGCAACACUUGGUACCCCUACAAUUAACUUUGGUGUAGAAGCAGGUUAUGACACUACUUCCGGUAACUUCACUAAGUAUACUGCUGGUUUUAAUCUUUCAAAACCAGAGUCAUGUGCUUCAAUUCUUCUGGGCGACAAGGGAGAUACCGUUAAGGCUUCAUAUUUACAUCACUUGGAUCAGGUGAGGAAAAGUGCUGCUGUUGCUGAAAUCAGCAGAAGGUUCUCUACAAACGAGAAUACUAUCACAGUUGGAGGACUAUAUGCAGUUGAUAAUCUGACAGUUGUGAAGGCGAAGCUGAACAACCAUGGUAAACUGGGCGCUGUCCUCCAGCACGAGGUCAUUCCUAAAUCAGUGCUCACCAUCGCGAGUGAAUUUGACACCAUGGCCUUGGACAAAACUCCAAAGUUUGGCUUGUCACUUGCUCUUAAACCUUGAUAACGAUAUGAUGGGUUCUUUGGGAGAUUUUGAACAGUAUCAUUUCCCCCUGUGGCUCAGUUUAUUGGAGCUACCAAUAAGUAAUUUUGCAGAUAUAUUCAUUGUAGGUUCUCUCUGCCGAGGAUCUGUUGCUAUUAUACUCUCUAGUUUAUUUUGUCGAUAGUGUUCGGGUUUCUUUUACCUGCAAGAACAAAUUUGCAGAGAUUUCCUCCUGAUAACAAUUUUUUUUAGUCGGAAGAAGUUUUAACUUUCAAUUGCUUAUUCUGUUCUGUUUGAACAGAGACAUGAAAUGAAUUUGGUUUUUGACCUGA